CAUAGUAUUUAAUUAUAUAAGUUCGAUUGCAGAUUAUUCAAUUUUUAUUAUAUUCUGCUUAAAAUUAAAUUGUAUUUUAGUUUGGUACUAAAUAAUUUUGGUUGGAUAUAAUUCGAGUUUAGAUAAAAUAUUAUAAAUAUAUUAAACUCAUUUUACAACAUAUUUUUUAAUAAAUAUAAUUCAAAUAUUUAUAUUAUACGUACCAAUAAUGUUUAAUAUUUUAAAAUAUUUUAUAUAAUAUAGUAAGGAUAAAUUUUUUCCUUUUAGAAAUAAAUUCUAAAAUAAAAUUGUAUGUUCCAGAUAGAAAUUAUAACAUGUAUUAUCAUAUUAGUUUAAACUUCAAAAUUAUAAGUAAUGAUUAAGAUAAAUAAUAAUAAUUUAAGAUUAUUUUAUAAGUAUUGGUUUCAACUUCUUUUAAAGUAUUGGGGUUUAUGUAGAAAUAUACAAAGUUACGGGCCUAUUUCGAAGCAUCUUUAUCUUUAAUAAGUUCGGAGAGUUCUAAAGAGAGAAAAAAAAACUGUUAGACGAAGCAUCGAGAGAUAUAGCAAUGAUCCUACUUUCGGUUAGUUCCUCUUCAUCAUCUCCCAUCGCCGCCGUCUUCUCCGUCGCGCUUCUUCUGUUCUACUUCUCUGAAGCUACUCUAGGAGCUCCUUGUCCGAUCAAUGGUUUGCCAAUAGUGAGGAAUAUAAGUGAACUUCCUCAGGAUAACUAUGGAAGGCCAGGCCUUUCUCACAUGACUGUUGCUGGCUCAGUGUUGCACGGAAUGAAAGAGGUUGAGAUAUGGCUUCAGACGUUUGCUCCAGGCUCAGGUACACCGAUUCACAGGCACUCCUGUGAAGAGGUUUUCGUUGUCCUAAAGGGAAGUGGUACUCUGUAUCUUGCGGAAACACAUGGAAGUUUCCCUGGGAAACCAAUUGAGUUUCCAGUCUUUGCCAACAGUACUAUUCAUAUUCCCAUCAAUGAUGCUCAUCAGGUCAAGAACACUGGUCAAGAGGACCUGCAGGUGUUGGUUAUUAUAUCUCGGCCGCCUAUUAAAGUCUUUACCUACGAUGACUGGUUUAUGCCACACACUGCUGCGAGGUUAAAGUUCCCUUACUACUGGGAUGAGCAAUGCCUCCAAGAAUCGCAAAAAGACGAGCUUUAAUAAAAAAGCUGUGAAGCUAUAAAGGAAUGAGAAUACUACUGCAACAUAGUUAUGUUCGAGUGUUUGUACGGUGGUCAUCGGGUAACACUUCCUGGAAAAAUCUCAAUUGUAUCUCCCUGAGCAACACGGUUCCAACGGAAUGACUGCUUCUCGUAUAAAAUAUGUGUUUUGUGUAUAAAGAAGUACCCUCCUUCAGGGAGAAGUAACUGAGACCACUGCUGCAUCUUAGCCAGCUCUGUCCUCAGUACUUCAACGUUCUCGCUGGGGUUCACCUCCACAGGAAACUUCAUCGCAGGUGUAUCAUUAACGGGAAAUGACAACACCAUCACUGUCAGAAGAUUCUUGGCCCUUUUGUUUCUGCUGCUCUCAGGCGAAUCUGGAAUGUUAAUCACGUGUCUGAUCGACCUCGUAGGUGUCUGGGUCUGAACCACUUGACUCACAGGCAAAUAUUGAUCGCUGAUCCUAUGUUCUUGGGUUGUACUCGCAGGCCAGUGACUUUGAGUGUUACUGAAAAGUUCUGUUGGCAAAGGAAGAUCCUCUCCGAAUGUGUUUGACGUAGAAGAUGGCCCACUUUGAAACACAUCUUGAUUCUUGUCCUGUCUCGCCAUCGCAGACCCUGCCAGAGAUUGCUCCGGUUGAUCAAGCAUCUGAAAGAAGAUGCUCCUCUCCACCGCAGACCAAUCUUGAUACUCUCCGAGAGAAGCUUGAACCGACGUUGACUGAGCUAGAGAUUGCUCUGUUGGCUGAAGCAUUUGGUUGUUGUCCUCAUCGAACAAGAAGUCUCCAAAUAUGUUUGACGUAGAAGAUGAUGACUCUCUUUGAAGCCAAUCUUCUUGACGGACGUUGUUGUUUAUCCACGACGGUUCUUGAACACUAACGUUUCCUUCCGUUGCCGCAGGCCAUUCUUGAGUGCCAAAGACCUCAUCAAUUGACCAUGAUGGUACUAGAGAUCUCUCGAGUUGAUGAAGCACUUGAUCCUGAUCGUCGUUGCUCUUGUCCAUCACGUUCGAAUCUUGAUUCUUUUCAGGCGAAUCUUCAAUGUUAGUGACAUCUUUAUCCGAAGUUGACGCCGGAGCUGGAGAUUGCUGCAUUUGCUCAAGCAUUAGACUGAUGUUGUAACGUGAAAGGGGGAAGAAUGCUUCAUCUUCAAAUAUGUUUGACGUAGAAGAAGAUGACUCUCUUGGAAGCCAAUCUUGAUAGUUAUCGUAUCUCCACGACGGUUCUUGAACACUAUCGUUUUCUUCCGUUGCCAUAAGCCAUUCUUCAAGGGAAGAGAGCUCAUCAACUGAACAUGAUGGUGGUGGUACUAGAGGUUUCUCGGUUUGAUGGAGAACCAGACUCGAAUCUUGAUUCUUUUCAGGCGAGUCUUCAAUGAUAAUGACAUCUUUAACCGACGUUGAAGCCGGAGCUGGAGGUUGCUCUUUUUGCUGUAGCGCUCGACGGAGGUCGUGACGUAGACGUGAACGGCAGAAGUAUAACUCGAGACGUGAUUUGUUGAAGAUCUUGCAUUGCGUGAGAGUGAGAGAGUCUCGAUCUGCCAAUAGAAUCUUGCCUUUGAAGAAAAUGGUUUGGUUGGAAACAGAGAUGCGUUUGGUCUUUUCGAUCUUUUGUUUCAUCUCUAGAACUGUGUUUGAGGGAUCUAGUUCAAUGGAGAAUAGCAUGACUUUCCUGUGGUAGAAGAACAACUUCAUAACUGUAUCAAUGGUGGAGACUGGUGAAGAAGAGAGUAAAGAGAGGGAGCGGGAGAGCGAAAGCGAGGAAAGUGAUUUGACUUGUGACGCAAGUUUUUAAAUUACCUUCUUUCGUUAGGAUAAAAGGCGGAGUUUUGUUUUUUAAAGAGAUCCGACACCAUAAACCCGAAGUAUUGACCCGUCU